ACAUACGACGCUAUUAUGGCCGAGCAUGAAGUCACGGGGGGCAAUCAACUCCAAAGUGCCUGGAAUCAGAGAACCGACUCUUUCCGGAAUCGACUCCCAAGUCUAUUAAAGGCUGUCGGGAGCUGCAGCGAGUUCACACCAGUUUUGGGGCCUUUGACCUCAAACAUGGCCUCAUUGCAGCCCGCCAUCGUCCUGCUCCUGCUUCUGACUCUUGCUUGCGGGCUGAGGCAGGGCAGUGUGAUGAUUGAGACCCUGAAUUCAGAGCAGGCCAUCGACCCAAGCGGCACCUUAGAUGAAGGAGGCGCAGAGCAGCAGGAUGGCUCGGCAGAAGGCCAGAGAUACUUGGUGUUUUGUGGUGAAAAUGCUAUGGCGGUAGUUUUGCCCCCAGGCUCUCUCUCUGAGAUGCAGGUCUUUGAUUCAUCAGGAAUGUAUCCUGUCUUCGGCCUUCCAGAGGCCUGUGACUACUCUCUAACCAGGGAAAACGGGAGGGUUGUUCUUCACAUCCACUUUGCUGGCUGUCCUGUCACUGUUGAGGAGGGCAGCUACACUCUGAGAUUCCUGUAUCGUAACAGCGCUGGGCAGCUUGAGAUCGUCACAGUGUCCUGCAGUAACUCCAGUCACGCGCCCUCUUCAAAAACGCGAUCUUCACGCCAUCCUGUUCUGUCCUACCCUGCUGUCAAGAUAUCCCCUCCCCAAGCAGUGCAGCUGUACUUUCCCUAUGGGGAGCCAGUGUCCGUUCCCCAACCUGAUCCACUGCCACUGGCAACACUGACCGCUUCCCCAUUGGAUCUGCUGUUCUUUCCUGAAUUUGAUCCGCUGUUCCCUGCACCAGGGGUUCCACUGCCGGCUUUCCAAUGGGAACAACCGUCUCCUACACCAACCAGUAUGCAUGUGCCGGCGAUGCCCUCGUCUCUUGGGCGUCGUUCAAAAUGCAAACAACGAGGGGAUCGACUCUCCUCUCCCCGAUUGGAGCCACUGUCCCCUACACCAGUGGAGCCACUGUCCUCUGCUGAAUUUGGUCCACUGUUCCCUACACCAGGUGAUCGACACUCCUCUCCGCGACUGGACCCACUGUCCUCUCCUGAAUUUGGUCCACUGUCCCCUACACCAGUGGAGCCACUGUCCUCUCCUGAAUUUGGUCCACUGUUCCCUACACCAGGGGAUCGACUCUCCUCUCCCCAAUGGAAGCCACUGUCCCCUACACCAGUGGAGCCACUGUCCUCUCCUGAAUUUGGUCCACUGUUCCCUACACCAGGGGAUCGACUCUCCUCUCCCCAAUGGAAGCCACUGUCCCCUACACCAGUGGAGCCACUGUCCUCUCCUGAAUUUGGUCCACUGUUCCCUACACCAGGGGAUCGACUCUCCUCUCCCCGAUUGGACCCACUGUCCUCUCCUGAAUUUGGUCCACUGUUCCCUACACCAGGGGAUCGACUCUCCUCUCCCCAAAGGAAGCCACUGUCCCCUACACCAGUGGAGCCACUGUCCUCUCCUGAAUUUGAUCCACUGCUCCCUACACCAGGGGUUCAACCGCCCACUUCCCAAUGGGAGCAACUGUCCCCUACACCAACCAGUAUGCAGGUGACUGCGAUGCCCUCAUCUCUUGCGUUGCAUUCAAACUUCAAAAAAGGCUGCAGCUUUCCUAGUGGUCAGAGAUUGCCGUGUGGUCGUCCUGGGACUACAGCUGCCGAGUGUCUGAGGAGAGGAUGCUGCAGAGACGAGGCGACUUUCGCCUGUUACUACCCCAUGGAUGUAUGUUUGGCCGACAGGCAGUUCAUCUUUGUCGUUCCCUCCAACGUUGCUGGUUUGCCCAUAAACCCUGCACGUCUGAUGGUGGUGGGGAGGAGUAGCUGUAAACCAGUCAUUGCCAACAGAGACUUUGCCGUUUUCAAGUUUGGGGUGACGGAGUGUGGAACACAUUCUUACCAAAUUGGAGAAACAACCGUUUACUUGGCUGAAGUGCAGUCACCAAUCAGGAAGCGCGUCCUGCAGUACGGCAUCAUUACCAGGGAUAUUCCUGUCAGGCUUAUGGUUGAGUGUCGCUACUCAAAGGGCAGUUUGGACCUUGCGGACUCUCCGGUCCUUGCAGACCCUCUGGCGCCGCAGGCUUCUCAAAGCCGUUUGAUGAAGGGCUGGGCUAGUGCUGGAUACAUGGUGAAGAGUGCCAGCCUGCCAGCCUUGGUGAGGGCCAAGGGACUGUAUGGAGUCCAGCUUCGGAUUGCGCAGGAUGAGACCUUCACCAAAUUCUGCUCUGAGGAUCACCAGCCCCUGAAAGUUCUCCUGGGUAAACCUGUGUACCUGGAACUGCGAAUAAACGCUCCCAACCCUAAAGCCACUCUGGUGGUGCACUACUGCGUGGCCUACCCUCGCUCUGCUAAGAGUGCCUUGGUGCUGCUGUAUGAGGGUUGCCCCAACCCUCUCGAUUCCGACAACAUCUCGAUCCUCUACGUGGCCGGCCAAUCGCAGGAUCCCCACGUGCGGCGUUUUGAAGUGAAGGCCUUCCAGUUUAUGGACAAGUCCACCAAUAAAUACCUCAAUGAGGAGAUCUACUUCAUGUGCUCUACCGAGGUCUGUAUGCCGUCCCAGACUCCGUGUAAGGAGACCUGCUUUGAUGGCAAGUCUUCAUCUACCACAGCUGCAGAUGUGUUGAACUCAUAUUCUCAAUUAAAAGUCAAGCACUUUUAAAUUCAA